UCGAGCGCGCGGCUCUUGUGAUGCACUGUAGCGGAGACCGACUGGAGAGCGACAGAGGAAAGAACAGCCCAAUAGCCCUGAUUUAACGUCUGGUACUGUGUCAGAAGUCUCGCUUUAAUCGGCACCGUGUUUAUUCAUUCUACUCGUUUUUUUUUUUUUUUUACGAACCUGGAUUUAAACAUUACCGGAGUUUAAAUGUCGGAUUAUUAUGCAUUGGAUAUUAUCCCAUAACUAAGUGAUGGAACUGAGGAGAUCCAGAGGCUCCCCUGUGAACUACAAAUUCAAGCAGGCAACAUGAAGAAGGACGUCCCGAUCACCCUGACAACCAGAAGAGCAAGUCCAAUCGGACCUUACGCCAUGAUUACCCAUAGCAAUCUCUUUGGACUUUAAAGGAUUACAAUGGUCAAACUUUCCUUUGCAACAGAAGGAGAAACUAGUUUAGACUCUUCUCCCCUUUUCCUCUCUCUCCCUCCUCCUUUCUUUAACUAGGAGGAAAGGCAUCUGCAAUUCUACCUACUGUCCAUAGCUUGUCAGCGAUUGGAUAGUUUACUCAUGUGCAUGGCCUACGACUGUUACUUAGCCUACCUACGACUGUUAUCCCAACUACCACCCAACUCCCUGCUGAUUUUGUAUUAAAUCUCUCAGCAGUGUCAAACAUAUCUGAGUACACUUUUGGAUACAACUGUGGAUACUCCCUCUAGAAUUGGAUACUUACUCUAAGACUUUUAAAUCAAAUCCAAUGCUAUCUAAGCUUUCAGGAAUAUAAACUCAUUCGUCCUCUUCCUCCUCCUUGUUGACCAUGGAUGUGCUGGGCUUGUCUGCGAGGCUGCAGCUGCUGCUCUCGGCCUUCCUGGGUGUGUGUCUGAGCCUGGAGUUCACAGGGGCCCCCGGCCAGUGGGCCCGCUACCUCCGCUGGGACGCCAGUACGCGUAGCGACCUCAGCUUCCAGUUCAAGACAGACGUGUCCACGGCACUGCUGCUCUACUUCGACGACAGUGGCUACUGCGACUUCCUGCAGCUGAUGGUCGUGGAGGGCAAGUUGCAGCUGCGCUUCAGCAUCGACUGCGCCGAGACUGCCGUGGUGUCCGACAAGCGGGUCAACGACAGCAGCUGGCACUUUGCCACACUGAGCCGCUACGGCCUGCGGACGGUGCUGGGGCUGGACGGCCAGGUCAAGGCGGACGAGGUGCGGCCCACCGGAGGUAGCCGCCAGCACAUGAAAAUUGUUAGCGAUCUGUUCCUGGGUGGCGUGCCGCUGGACAUCCGUACGUCAGCGCUCACGCUACCCACGGCACGUGAUGCCCCACCCUUCAGAGGAACAAUCUCAGAUCUGAAGUACGGGAACACGGAACCGGUUCUCCUCAGCAGCUUGAGGGUUCGUCUGGAGUCGGAGGGGCGCUGUACCGAGAACCCGUGCGAGAACAGUGGGAGCUGCACCGUGGUGGAUGGGGAACCCAUGUGCGACUGCUCCAAAACAGAAUACAAGGGCCGCUUCUGCAAUGAAGAGGUCAACAAUAAUAUUCCAGGAUUUUCACAUAUGAUGAUGGCGGAGCAAGCACGGGAGGAGAACGUGGCCACGUUCCGCGGCUCCGAGUACUUCUGCUAUGACCUGUCCCAGAACCCCAUCCAGAGCAGCAGCGACGAGAUCACGCUCUCCUUCAAGACGUGGCAGCGCAACGGCCUGAUCCUCCACACGGGGAAGUCGGCCGACUACGUCAACCUGGCCCUGAAGGACGGGGCGGUGAGCCUGGUCAUCAACCUGGGGUCAGGGGCCUUCGAGGCCAUCGUGGAGCCCGUCAACGGGAAGUUCAACGACAACACCUGGCACGACGUCAAGGUCACGCGCAACCUGAGACAGGUGACGAUAUCAGUUGACGGUAUCCUGACGACCACGGGGUAUACCCAGGAGGACUACACCAUGCUGGGCUCAGAUGACUUCUUCUACGUGGGUGGAAGCCCCAGCACCGCCGACCUGCCUGGGUCUCCUGUCAGCAACAACUUCAUGGGCUGCCUCAAAGAGGUGGUCUAUAAGAAUAACGAUAUCCGUCUGGAGCUCUCCCGUCUGGCCCGCAUCGUAGACCCUAAGAUGAAGAUCCAGGGGGACGUGGUCUUCAAGUGUGAGAACGUAGCCACCCUGGACCCUAUCUCCUUCGAGACCCCCGAGGCCUACAUCAGCCUGCCCAAGUGGAACACCAAGAGAAUGGGCUCCAUCUCCUUUGACUUCAGGACCUCGGAACCCAACGGACUCAUCCUGUUCACCCACGGCAAGCCCCAGGAACGCAAGGAGGCCCAACGCAGCCAGAAGAACACCAAGGUCGACUUCUUUGCGGUGGAGCUCCUGGAUGGCAGUCUAUACCUACUGUUAGACAUGGGCUCUGGGACCAUCAAGGUCAAAGCCACCCAGAACAAGGUCAACGACGGGGCCUGGUACCACGUGGACAUACAGAGGGAUGGGCGUUCAGGCACCAUCUCAGUCAACAGCCGGCGCACCCCGUUCACAGCCAGCGGUGAGAGUGAGAUCCUUGACCUGGAAGGAGACAUGUACCUGGGGGGUCUACCCUCGGACCGUGCCAACCUCAUUCUGCCCACCGAGCUGUGGACCGCCAUGCUCAACUAUGGCUACGUGGGCUGCGUGCGCGACCUGUUCAUCGACGGGCGCAGUAAGGACAUCCGACAGAUCGCUGAGGCUCAGAACGGGGCAGGCAUCAAGCCGUCGUGCAACAAGGUGGUGGGGAAACAGUGCGAGAGCUACCCGUGUAAGAACAGAGGCGUCUGUAAGGAGGGAUGGAACCGGUUUAUAUGUGAUUGUACCGGCACGGGGUACUGGUCACGCACCUGCGAGAGAGAGGCAUCCAUCUUGAGUUAUGACGGCAGUAUGUACAUGAAGGUGGUGAUGCCCCAGGUGAUGCACACAGAGGCUGAGGACGUGUCUCUACGUUUCAUGUCCCAGCGGGCCUACGGCCUGCUCAUGGCCACCACCUCACGGGACUCGGCCGACACGCUGCGUCUAGAGCUGGACGGGGGCCGGGUCAAGCUCACGGUCAACCUAGACUGUAUCAGGAUAAACUGUACUUCCAGCAAGGGACCCGAGACCCUGUAUGCUGGGCAAAAACUCAAUGAUAAUGAGUGGCAUACGGUGCGCGUGGUCCGCCGGGGAAAAACCUACAAGCUCACGGUGGACGAUGACGUAGCAGAAGGCCAGAUGGCGGGUGACCACACCCGUCUUGAGUUCCACAACAUCGAGACGGGCAUCAUGACGGAGAGACGCUUCGUCUCGGCCAUCCCCUCUAGCUUCAUCGGACACCUGCAGAGCCUCAGGUUCAACGGGAUGCUGUACAUUGAUCUCUGUAAGAACGGAGACAUCGACUUCUGCGAGCUAAACGCCCGGUUUGGCAUGCGCUCCAUCAUCGCUGACCCUGUGACCUUCAAGUCCAAGAGCAGCUACCUGAGCCUGGCCACCCUGCAGGCCUACACCUCUAUGCACCUGUUCUUCCAGUUCAAAACCACCUCCCCGGACGGCUUCAUAAUGUUCAACAGUGGAGACGGAAACGACUUCAUCGCUGUGGAGCUAGUCAAAGGGUACAUCCACUACGUGUUUGACCUUGGCAAUGGGCCUAACGUCAUCAAGGGUAACAGCGACCGGGCUCUCCAUGACAACCAGUGGCACAACGUGGUCAUCACCCGUGACAACAGCAACAUCCACACGCUGAAGGUGGACGCCAAGGCAACCAGCCAGGUGGUCAAUGGAGCCAAAAACCUUGACCUGAAAGGUGAUCUGUUUAUUGCUGGACUGGGCCCUGGUAUGUACGGUAGCCUGCCCAAGCUGGUGGCGUCCCGGGAUGGCUUCCAAGGCUGCCUGGCCUCUGUGGACCUCAACGGCCGCCUUCCUGACCUCCUCCAGGACGCCCUGUUCCGCAGCGGGCAGAUCGAGCGAGGAUGCGAAGGUACACCCUCCCUCAAAACCAUGUCCGACUCGGACUUCAGCUCAAACUCAAACUACAACCCAAACUACAACCCCAGAAACAACAAAAGUGUCAACGACAGCUCAGGGAGCCCAUUCUUCCUCCUUAACUCCAACAGUAGCUCCACCUCCCUUGUACCUUACGCUCCCUCGUCCAUCCUACUAACCCUGCUGGUCACCUCACUCACCACCCAGACAGCCCUCAGUUAGAGCAGGGCUGGACAUUUACAACCACCACCAACUGCCAUUGUUACAGUAGGUACAGUAGAUGUUGACCCCAACCAAUGGUGAAGGGUCCGCAUUAAUUAAUCCUAAUGUAUAUGGUCAGGGUUUGAAGUUAGGAAAUUAUAGAUAUGUGGUGAUGGGUAACUUCAACCUCGAGGACCAGACCUAGCUCAUAUCGGCCACAUUGGUCGCACAAUGAUGAUGUCACAUCAUCACAGCUCAAAGCAGCAUUACAGUAACAUUAGUACACAUUAGCACAAGCACAACCAAGCGCUCCAUUGUUGACUUUGUUGUUUUGAGAUGUUUCCCUUUUUUUAUCAGUGUUUUAGGAGCUCGUCAUGAUUGAUAACAGUCAUGUUUCAGAAAGAGAAAAAAACAAAACAUAAAGAAAACAUUUGUGUAGAAGUGUGUUUCUGUACAUACAGGACAGGGAGCUACCGGUAUGUUGAUUAUGUCCGUUUUGUAUACAAAACUUUUGAUUGUGUGGGCAUGUAAGUGUUAUGUGAUCAAUUGCUAUUUUGUGCUGUACAAUAAGUCCUUAUCAUACAUAGCUACGAUUGGCUAUUUGUUGAUUUAACGCACUAUACUGUACAACCCAAAUUUACAUACAGUUUGCACUGAUAUUCAGAUUAGAAAUGUAAUCGGCUCUUCUUGCCCAAGCAACAAUGCAACUAUAGAGAAUAGUAUGAAUAAGAAUUGUAAUAUCUCUAUGGAGCCAUAUGGAAAACCCCAGAUACGAUACAACAGCUUGUAUGCAAUGUGCGCACAAAACUAGAAUGCCAAAAGUUUCAGUUUGUUUAGCGUUUAUUUGAAAUAUUCCAUGCAUAUCAACGAGCCGACGGCGGCCUAUUGAAACAUUUUUGCACUAGCAUCACAUUUCAUUCAGAUUAAGAAUCGUCGCUGCAAAUACUCUAUGCUCUUUUGACUACUCUUCAAAUAUCAUUUUUGGUUUAUAGUUUAUAGUUUUUGGUCAGUGGGCAAGUUUCCCGAGUCUUAAGAGUUUUGCACCAUGAAUCCCUUUGUUUUCUGAACAUUUAUUUCCCUUUUUCUUUUGUGUGAGUGUUUUCUCAUCUUGUUAUUAUUAUUUUUUUUUUCAAUCUAUCUGUUGUGCAUUUGUUCUUCUUGUUUCUUUUGUUGUUCUUUUGAAAAGACCGUAUCAGAGAGCCACAUAAUGGUGCAGUAUAUACAACUAAUAUACCUUUAACAUUAUGACUAUUGUACAGGAUAUCUAUAACUCCAUCUUUAUAUCCCCAUAAGUCUUCCUCUCAUUACAAGUCUGAAUGUUACUUUGGGAGAUACAGUAUACACCGUGAUGUGUGUGUUGAAAUAUCUGUUUAUUUAUUUUUCACAAUAAAAGCUCAUAAAUCAUA